AUGGAGCUAGAUCAAGAGCUGGCCAUGGAGCUGGAACGAAAGCUCCUACUGGUGGUGCUGGAUUACUUGCGCGACUUCAUCGACACGCUGCCCUUCAGAGAGCGAAUGCUGUGGAACCCUGCCUUGAAGAUGCUGGACAACUGGGUCAAGAUUACUACCGGCAACACCAUCUGCUCCCUUGCUGAUGCUCUUUAUCGUCUCACGUCUACGGGAGCAAUUGCCUGCCAUAUCCGAGCUCAGAACUGUGGGCUUGUCGCAACCUACGACAGCAGUCAACAGGUGGUUAUUCUGGAAGCCUUCGAAGUGUGCGCUCAAGAUGAGCAGGUUCUAGCCGCCCCCGGUGCCCUCAUGCGCCGUUUCCCUGGAGUCAGUGUCGUCCUCCCAGCCGCAAAAAUGGCCGAGCCGACAUUCCGCUCCUAUCUCGCCACUAGCAUCUCCCAACUCGACUCGGAGGAGGUCUCAGCAAUGAGACCCAAAAGUAAAAAAGCUGGUACCGUGGUUGAUGAGUUUCGAGACACCGCACAUCCAGGCCUGGUAACAGAAGGCUUGAUGACCCAACUCCUCGCAUUCGGAAAACCGAGAAAUCAAAAUGACCUUCCCAUCACCAAAUCUGUACGCGACGAGGUCAACUGGAGAGAUGCUUACCUGCCAUGGAGACGCUCCCCAGCAUGGCUUGUUCUCAGAGUGGCCAUCCAACUCACCCUUCGACGCUCUUUCCCUCCCGAGGAGUGCUCCGCUCAAUACAAAAACUUCCUGCUCUAUCUGAUGGCGGGCUUGGGAAGUAAGGCAUCAUCAUAUAUGCCCCCGCAUACUGUUGUUGACGGUCUUUCGGUUAUCCGGACCAAGCUUGGUCGUCGGGCCUACAAAUUGCAUGACAGCGUCUUUCCUUUCGUUUCACAUGUUGUUUACGAAGCUACAAAAAUGAUCUCUGAUGAGCUCCUAACUUUCCAACAGCUCAUGAAAGAUGGCACCCGCCGCACUCUCCCUCAACUUCCCACAUCUGUUGAUACAGAGCACUGUUGUCUAUCGCUGCCGAACUGCAAGCAGGGGAUCUAUGAUGCGAUGCAUUACUCCACAGAGCCACGGAAGGAGUUUGUUUUCAGUCGAAAGUCGUCAGAUCAUUUCAGUAUCAAUGAGCAUGGUUUUCCAGCCCUAAUGCAGGACUCGAUCAUGGCUCUGAACGCGUUUGAAAAAUGGGUCGAAGAGACGCUCCAGCCUUUGACUCACGGUGCAAAGGUCUCCUGGAUGACACAGGCAUGCUACGAGGUGGAGAAGCUUGCUGAGCAAUACUUCACGAUCGCUGCCCCGAGAUAUGCGGACAAUCCACCGGCCAGAUCACUGAUGAUGCUUACGAUCUUGGAGCUCUGGGUCGCUGUCGACAAAAUGGGAAAUUUGAUCUGUCCACUGGUCAAGGAUUUCCCACCCGAAAUUCCCGCCAAUUUUCUGGACCCCCUUCUCCUGCCAAAAUGGAGCCAGAUGCAACGUGCUGAGAGAUUUUUCGACUACAUCCGCAGACGACGUGAUUCUGCCGAUCCCUCUGCGCCCAGCAUUUUUAGCGACCCUUCUGCUCGAGGCUUCGCAGUCCGAUAUUAUGAUGUCUUUCCAGACCACCAGAGUCUCCGAGCUGCAAUUGAAACCUAUGCGCGAAGUUAUCGUGAGAUGAAAGAACAGGAGCUGGCACGAUUGACCAGCGUCUGGCUCAAAUUCAGAGACGAUGCGAACAAUGACGCUGGCCACUUCUAUGGCAAUAGUGACACUGGAGGUCAGAUGGUUCACGAAACCCAGAAACUGUCGAAAAUGCUUGCUGGAAAGCCAGAUGAAUGGAAUGUCAAUCAGAGUUCAUGA